AUGACUUCCUUCAAUCUUUCACAACCACAACCUCAACCAUUACCAACGAUUGUUGUACAACUGCGAGGAGAGCUCGGCAAUCAUAUGAGUGCCAUAGCUCAUGGCUAUGGUCUUCAAUUAUACGCUCUCGAACUCUUUGGAUUAGAAACCAAGCUCCUACUAAGACAUCAAGUAAUGUCGGACGGGAUUACAAGCAAUCCCAAAUGGAUACCUACUAGUCAGACACUCCAGCGCUGUUUCAGCUUUGACGACUGGGAUUUUUCUCAAGGCGGUCGUUGGGAAGAGUUCAACACAAGAAAAAUGCAACAAGAAAAUUGGUUGGAUUUUCUAGAGCUUAAGCUCAUGAGUUCUGUCAAUGGUAGACGAAUGAAGGGACUCGUCUUCAAUGAUAAUCAACCAGUAACGACAGAAGAUAUCCAUAAAGGCUUGGAAUCAUUCAUGGGUGCUCUAAGGAAACAAGACAAGAAGCCAACAAUUCCUUCCUUCGCCGAUAUCUCUUUGCCAUUUUUGUUCUCGGAAUCGAUUGACAACACUGUUCUGGUGGACCGAUACUGGAAAUACCUUCGAUCGUUCUUUACCCUAGACUUGUCGUCGUCGUCAUGCUGUGGAGACGAGGAACCCUAUCCGGAUGAAUCUGUCUUUCACUUUCGCAACUUUGCAACCGAAAUGCCCAACUACAAAGGAACUUUACAGGAGGCGACGCCAAACCAAACUGCCUUUGAGCUAUUUGGCCAUUUAGGAGCUGGUGAUAAAGUCGCGAUCACUAGUCGUUUCAAUAACGAACGGCUGCAGCUGUAUGUCAGCGCCAUGCGAGCACGAGAGAUCAAUGUGCGAGUUAUUGAAGGGCAGAGUGGAAUCCAAGAUUUUUGCUUCUUGACCAAAGCAAGAAAAGAAUUGGUUGGAAACUUUCAGUCCACAUUUGUAUUUUGGGCAGCCAUUUUGGGAAAUGCGCGAAAAGUCCUACUCUACACUGUGGACAACCCUUCCCUGAAGCAAAGAUUUGGGCAAACUAGAAGAGAUCGCUUUCAGUACCAAUGGAAUUCUGACUCCCUCCGAUAUCGUGUCAUUCUACAGCUCAUUGAAUACGAAUGA